AUGGGGAUCAAUUUAGACGAUUUUGCCCGGAAAUUAACGGCAAACCAUAGCCGUAACAAGGAAUUAAGCCCCGAGUUACGCGUUGCCAUUUGCGCGCUUAUAGCUGCAGGUCGAAGCGAGCGGUCCCUAGCCAGCCUCUUCGGCGUCUCCCGACACGCGAUACACCAUGCCGUCAAGCUCUGGGAAUCUCACAAUACAUUCGAAUCUCGACCUCGAACCGGCCGUCCACGGGUUCUAACACGGAAAGCAAAGCGAAACACCGCUCGGAUGGUAAAAAAUGGACCGACAUUUGACCAUAAAAGCCCUAGUUGA